AUGGAGUUCAGUCAUUGCCUGGGGACCAAGCUGGAGGAGCUGUGCAUAGCCGAGGAGGGCGGCGGGAGGUUCAGUGGGAGGAUGGGGCGGCGGAGGUACCGGGAUGGUGAUGACACGCAGUACAAGUCGAAGAACCUGACAGCAGAGCGGAAGCGCCGGGAAAAGCUCAGCCAGCGGCUCCUCACCCUCCGCUCCCUCAUCCCGAUCAUCACCAAUAUGAACAAGGCGACGAUAAUCGAGGAUGCGAUCACAUACAUCACGGAGCUGCAGAAGAAUGUGAAGGUUCUCAGCAACCAGCUCAUGGAGAUGGAGGUGUCCUCCAUCGAAGAUGCAAAGGCGCUGAGCAAAGAGACUGAUGCUCCUGAAGAGACGGAAGAAAACAGGAUUGAGCCCGAUGUGAAGGUAAUUUAUGUCAAUGGGAAUAAGCUGUGGAUGAAGAUGAUAUUCGAAAACAGGCGCGGAAGACUGACCAAACUGAUGGAGGCGCUGAGCGCCCACGGCUUUGAACUGAACGACGUUAGUGUGACCACAUCCAUGGGAGCAACUCUCAUUUCGUCCUGUGUCGAGGGAACACUUGGUGAAGUACUCGAGGCUUCAAGCAUGAGCGAGCUGCUCCAGGAGAUCAUAAAACACAUCUAA